AUGUCCUUUUGGCAACAAUCAUUAGGAUUGCAAGACGAGAACGAGAACGAGAACAAGAACAAGAACACUGAUGUGCAAUCAAUAGAGGAGGAUAAUAAUAAGGAUUUCAGCGAGGAUGUGAUUGCCAAUGAUGACAGCUUUGACGAUGACCCGUUUUGGGCGGACGAUGAUGACUAUUAUGAAGAAGAAGAAGAUGAUGAUGAAAACGAUGAUGAUAACGAUGAUGAUAACAAUGACGAUAACAAUGACGAUGACGAAGGUGAUAACGACGAUGGACUAGAAAUAGAAUCACCAAUUCCUUACAACAAUGAUAUGUCUCCUAUUGACGAUCACCAUGACGAUGAUGAUUCAGACCAAGUUUUGGAAUAUUUGGACCAAGACCAUCUACAAGCUCCUCUUCCUAAUAUUUCUUCGCCGCCCAAGAUUGUUAUAGACGAAAGUAUUGAUGUCCUCUCAUUGCCAUCUCCACAAGAAGACAAGAUGGCUCUUGUUCCGGUGGAUUACUCCUUGGCUCCACCAAGACGACCACCACCUCCACCACCACCCCCAAGGAGACCCACAACCACCACAACAACAACAACAACAACAACAACAACAAUGAUUACCCCCAUGACUACCCCCAUGACACCACCGCCCACCACCACACGACAAGAAAAGCACAUGCAAUUUGUCUUUCUCAGUGAUCAAAAGGCAGUUCCUUCGGAACUCAAACGACUCCAAGAAACCACGAGACGACGACGA